AUGGCCACUUCAGAGCUGAGCUGCCAAGUGUCUGAGGAGAACCAGGAACGCCGGGAAGCCUUCUGGGCUGAGUGGAAAGAUCUGACUCUGUCCACCAGGCCGGAAGAGGGAUGCUCCCUGCAUGAGGAAGAUACGCAGAGACAUGAGACCUACCACAGACAGGGACAGUGUCAGGCCGUGGUGCAACGCUCGCCCUGGCUGGUGAUGCGCCUGGGCAUCCUAGGCCGUGGGCUGCAGGAAUACCAGCUGCCGUACCAGCGGGUGCUGCCGCUGCCCAUCUUCACCCCCACCAAGGUGGGAGCUGUCAAGGAGGAGCGCGAGGAGACCCCCAUCCAGCUGCGGGAGCUGCUGGCACUGGAGGCAGCCCUGGGCGGCCAGUGCGUGGAGCGCCAGGACGUGGCUGAGAUCACUAAGCAGCUUCCCCCCGUGGUACCUGUCAGCAAACCUGGGACCCUGCGGCGUACCCUGUCUAGAUCCAUGUCUCAGGAAGCUCAGAGAGGCUGAGACAGACUCCGGCUCCACCGUGUCUGCCUGGGGCUG